CAAGGAAGACAAAGCAGUUGUCGAGUGGCCGUCGGGCGCGAAUCUUCCCUCGCCCUUCGUGAGGGGAGGUCGUGAUUUGGCUCAAGGUUCAAGCGAGGCAAUGGAGUUUGAUGAUAGGCUUCUGCACCAGCGUAAUGUUGGCCGUGAAAAUUCCCGGGGCAGUGCAGUUGCCCUGGACGAGGACAACGACGAGGACGAGGAAGGAGGAAGUGCCGGCCCGCAUGACGACGGCGGUAAUGAAGCAGAUGUAGAAGUUGGGGAUGACAACAUGCAGGACCGGGGCGCGCUUGCUGACGCGGACGCCGACACGCCAAUGCAUGGUCAUGACAUCUCCCCCGCCGGCGCUGUGGGAGCCGCACGUGGUCAGCCCUCGACGUCCCGUGGGAUUUCGCUAUCGCAAAGCAGGAGUAAGGGUGGGCACGACUCACAUGCAAUGCAAGGACCAAAGGCGAAAAAAAGGAUAAGGGAGACUUCUCCGUCUGCUUCUACUCACAAGAGGCAAGCCAGGACUGACGCUGUUAAUGAGGCUCGUGAAGCUUUGACAGCGUCCCAAGAGGCGCGGCCUCCUCGGAAAAACAGCCAAGGGGGGCGAUCUGGGGGUCAAGGCAGUGGCUGUGGGGGCGGUGGCCGUGGCGGGGCGCGGAAAGGCUCCCAGAGGGUGAGACCACAAGAGUUGCAGGACUCGGGGGAUGAGGGCGAGGGAGUGGAUCCUCGCAUGCCCAAAGAUGCUGAUGAGCCGGUUCAACGCGUCGUGCCCAUCGACACUACGCGUUAUUUCUUCCUCGAGUACGACGACCAAGGCUUUGCUACGCAAGACGUCUAUGCUCUUCGCGUGGACGUCAUGAGAAUCAAACGCAUUCCCCGCGGAAUGAUUCUUUUCAACCACCGCUCGUUGUUUGAAAACAUUGUGCGAGGCAUCGAGAAUGUCAUCGAAAGUUCCAUCAGCACGGACCCGGGGGCGUGGGAUAGGCCCGAGCUCGUGCUUGCGCCAGUUGACCGCAAUGACAUUGUCGGCAGCCAGGGAAGACGGAUCACGCCGACCGAAUUCUUGGAAAGGGACCCGGCAGAGUUCGACAGGUACGCUGUCUGUGGUCAGCAUACCGUUGAGGCCAUGAAGAGAUUGGUCAGAAAGGACUCCCCGACAGUUAAAGUUUAUGGCCUCAACGCGUACUCUAAGGUCUUGCCUCCAAGAGUGAACACAGAGUGUCUCCUCGACAUCAUGCGAAAGGAGCAGUACAUGGUGCGUAUGUUCAAUUAUGUUCUGUUCCGCGCGGAGGGAAGGGCGGACGACGAAUGGAAUGACGUGUUUUUCAUGUCGUACAAGGACCUUGAAGACAGGUAUGGGCCAAACGGUUUGUGCGUUGCUGAAUGGGAGAAGGAACGGGACAAGUUACAUGUCAAUAAGGUGAAGAUGGUCCCUCAACAACUUGGAGGAGUGGAGGAGGCAAGGCAAGGUAAUAAUGUCAUUGCCUGCGACGAGUCGGCCAAGGACAUUGCAUAUCUGACAAAGUUCGUCGAUAUACUUGUGAAGGAUGAGAGAUUCGCCUGUCAUGUCAAGAAGCCACGUUGCAAACAUCGUAGCAACAGGGACAUGUUCCACAAAUUGGGAUGCAAGAGACUAAAGGUGUGGGAAUACCUGUUCCGCGAUGCGCCACAAGGACGGCUUGACGGGAAUUACAUCUACAGGAAAGCAAAAGUGACAAAGACCCUGAAACAUUAUCACGGUGCUCUUACUAGCGCCUUUGAGACUUUUGUUGCUCGAUGCGAGAUCCUGAAGUUCGAUCUUCAUAAAGACCAGCUGACGUCCAAGGACUACGCUAACCUCGCGAAAUCGGGUGACGACUUUAACCCCAUCGACAGCGAGGAAGACUCUUCGGAGUCCGACCUCGAAUCGGGCGAAAACAAGGGUGGUGAAGGUCUGGGCGGUGGCAUGGUGCGGUCACACGAUAAAGGGACCGUUCGCUCGUAUGAAAGACCCGUACCGGUGGCCGCCCACAGUGUUGGCUCAAUGGUGGCCCCCAUGGAGGGCACCGGUUUGCCAAACAUGGGAAUAUGUGGUCCCAAUGAUGACGAUGACAUUGAUAUGCCAGGCGAGGCGUCGAAGCUCGCACCAGGCGAUCCAAUUCUUCCCGGCUAUUGUGCUGAUCCGACCACAAUUUAUUUCUUGGGGGGCAAACACGUCCGCACUGGUGCCACGUACGAGAGUUUAUUACUGACAUGCGCCGCAUUAGAAGGCACGUCCGAAAUGCAGUCAGAGUCAGGUGUUGGCCUGAGCGUGUCGGAUAGUCAGUUGCAACCGGAGUUAUGCACAGGCAAAGGUGAUGCACAAUCACCGCUGACACCACAGGGAGGGGCCGCUGCGGAUGGUGGGAAGGGAGGGGAUGUGGAGGGAAUCUUCCAUCCUCGCAAUCUUGAGACCUUAACCGAUGAUUUUGAUUAUGGGGGUGAGAGUGGAAAUGACGUGGUCAAUACGAGGGGAGUGUGAAAUGAUCGUGCAAAUGACAACAACUGAUACAAGAUUGUGCAAAAGAGG